AUAAUUCUCCUAUCUUAGAUUUCAUGCUAUGACGCGUUGUGUAUUUUGAACUCGACACUUAUAUCGCACCAGCCAAGGUCAUUGCCAUAUCUUCAAAUAGACAGCAAAAAAAUAGUGGUACAGUAAGCGUACUAGUCGAGAGCCGACAUGGGUGUUACAAGGGUGUUAGUAAUAGCCUCGAUUGGGGUUGUGUUAGUGGGAAUUUACUUGAAAGGGAAAUCUCUGUUCGAAGUACCGCCUCUACCUCAGCUAGAAGAUACUUGGUGGGGCCCCAGAGACCCCUCGAAGGAGGAUACUGAGAUCAGACCCUUCAAAAUCAAUGUUUCUGAUGAGAUUCUCAUAGACCUGCAGCAAAGGCUGGCCAACGCGCUACCUUUCCAGGAGCCUCUGGAAGGUGCCAAGCAGCAUUAUGGUAUUAACACCCACCUCCUAAAGAACAUCGUUGACUUCUGGCGAACUAAAUACAACUGGAGGGAGAGGGAGAAGUUCCUCAAUCAGUAUCCCCAGUUCACCGUAAGCGUACAGGGAUUGAAAAUCCACUACUUGCAUGUCAAACCAAAGGAAACCCAGGGGGUGAAGGUAUUGCCUUUAUUGUUGCUCCAUGGUUGGCCGGGGUCGAUCAGGGAGUUCUACGAAUUUAUUCCUCUCCUCACCACCCCAGAGAAGGGGAGGGAUUUCGUUUUUGAGGUUAUAGUACCAGCCCUACCAGGCUAUGGUUUCUCAGAGGCAGCAGUUCGACCAGGGUUAGGCGCUAUCCAAAUGGCUGUCGUCUUCAAGAACCUCAUGGCUCGAUUGGGAUACCAAAAGUACUACCUCCAAGGCGGCGAUUGGGGCGCUGUUAUAGUCCAACAUAUGUCUACACUCUUUCCAGAGAGGAUAAUAGGGGUCCAUUCGAAUAUGUGCGUUAUCCACAAUACCCUGUCAAACUUGAAGUGGUUUUUGGGCAGUUUCUAUCCUUCCCUGAUCGUCAGCAAAGAAUUGGAACACAGAGUGUAUCCUUUGUCGGAGAAGUUUUCCUUUAAUCUUCUAGAGACUGGGUACAUGCAUUUGCAAGCUACGAAACCUGAAGGCGUGAAGCAGCACUACG